UCGCAUCCAUUCAGUUUCAGCAUCAGCAUCAGCUUCAGCUACAGCUGUAGAUUGCGUUUCUGAGUCCGAUUCAGAGGCAGAUUGUGAGCCAGUCGCUUGCCGCAACUCCGAGAUGCCGGUUCGCGUUUCGCGCUGCCGCCGCCGUUCCGACAAUGAUUCGAUGGUAAACAAUAACAGCCACUCGCCAGCGGUCGCCCAGUGCUAGGUCCAGCGAAAGUAUCUCGCAGAUACAACUACUGCAAGACUACACUACUAAAUCAACCCACAAGAUACACUCCAGCAUCUACGCAGCAGCGGAAGAGCAGCAGCGAUCUGCCAGAAUGAUGGCGCUCGACGGCAAGGCGAUAAUUAAGGAGGAGAUUACCGACAAGGACGCCUACGACGCAGCUGCGGCGGCGGCAGCAGCGGUGGCAGCGGGCGCCGCUCUGGCGGUGGCCUCCGCUGCGGCCGUCCAGGUGCCACCCGCGUCAUCGUCCUCGGCGGGAUCAGCGUCAUCGGCAGCCGCCGCGGCCACCAACAACACAACAUCGGCGGCAGCCACAGCGGCGGCAAUUAGUCGUCGGCUUAAAGCCAGCAGCAGCAGCAGCGGCGGGGACAAGAGCUCCUCCUCAUCCUCGAGCAGCAAGGACAGCAGCAGCCACACCUCCAGCAGCAGGAGCGAGAGGGACAGGGAGAGGGAGAGGGAGCGGGAGCGCGAGCGGGACCGCCUGUGCCGCACUCCGCCGGACUCGCCGCCGGACAGCUCGCGCAGCCUGGCCCCCCGAUCGCCCCACUCCCCCCUACAGUUGCACCAGCGACCGCAGCGCAACGCCAGCGUUUCGCCGGUGGUCAAUGGCUCCUCCUCGGGCGGCGGAGGCGUGGGAUCCUCCGGCACUUCGCCCACGCCCACACCGGGCAGUCAGCACGCCGCCUCCUUGGCCGCAGCCGCCGCCGCCGCAGCAGCCGCCCAUGUGGAGCAGGCGCGUCUGGUGGCCAAGAUGCGCAAGUUCCUGGGCGCCCUCGUUCAGUUCUCCCAGGAGCUGGGACAGCCGGAGGUGAGCGAGCGGGUGCGCGCCCUGGUGCUGUCCCUCUGCAGCGGCAGCAUCUCCGUGGAGGAGUUCCGGCUGGCCCUGCAGGAGGCCAUCAACCUGCCACUGCGGCCGUACGUGGUGCCGCUGCUCAAGAACAGCAUCGCCCUGGUGCAGCGGGAGAUCCUGGCUCUGGCCAGGGCCACCAACCAAUCCGCCCUGCAGUACGUGACCAACAACGAGCAGGCGGUGAUGGAGUUCGCGCCCCACGGAGUGGCCAGCGCCGAGUUCGGGGACAUAUUCAUCCAGCUGGAGGCGCCCACAUCCAACGGCAGCAGUGCGGUCUUCAAGCGCCGCUCCUCCGACUCCAUGAUGGAGCACGGCGGGCACAACGGCCUGCAGGAGUGGAGCGAAUACAUGGCCAGCGGGGGCGCCGGCUAUCCUCCGCCGCCCAGCAAGCGCCUCCCCCCGCAUCCCGCCCCCUCGGUGGUGGCCUACGGGGACUACGGCGUCUCCUCCGCGGAGGGACUGCCCUCGGCGGCGGCCUUCAUGCAGCGCGACGAACGGGAUCUGCGGAUGAGCGAGGCGCAGGCCAGGCACGCUGCCCCGCCCCCGAGGGCGGCCAACCCACAGCCACAGCCCCAGCCCAAUCCCAAUGCAGCUGCCGCCGGUGCUCCGGGAGCGGGUGGCGAGGAGGAGUGGAAGAACAUCCACACCAUGCUCAACUGCAUCUCCGCCAUGGUGGACAAGACGAAGCGCGCCAUCACGAUCCUCCAGCAGCGCGGCAUCGAGCCGCAGCAUCCCAACAGCGGCCAGGAGGUCACCCCGGCGGCCAUGGCGGAGCUGCGCCGCCAGACGGAGGAGAAGGUCGCCGAGUUCAAGCGGAAUGCCGAGGACGCAGUGACACAGGUGAAGCGGCAAGCUGUCAUUGAAAUCCAGCGGGCAGUGGUGGCUGCUGAGACGCGGGCUGCGGAGAUCAUGACCCAGGAGCGCCUGCGCAUGGAGAAGUUCUUCAUGGAGAUGAGCCGCCAUUCCAGCGGAGAGCGGGAUCUGGACAACAAGUCGCCGUCGAUGGCCAGUGCACAGAAUGGCAGCAAUCUGCAGCAGCAGUGCUGGAACUGCGGCCGCAAGGCCACGGAGACCUGUUCAGGUUGCAACAUGGCCCGAUACUGCAGCGCCUCGUGCCAAUACAGGGAUUGGGAUAGUCACCAUCAGGUGUGUGGCAACUCCCGGGCCAGUGAGCUGAGCGCCAAGCACCUGCACUCGGCCAGCAACCUGAGUCUGCGCAACGCCAUGGCCACCCGCUCACCACCCACUCCCAACUCGGCGGCCCACCUGCAGGCGGCGGCAGCUGCUGCGGCUGCUGCAGCAGGAGCCCGGGAAGCGGCCAGUGCUCCAGUUGGAGGACCUGGGGCAGGAGUGGCCGGCGGUGCGGCAGCGGGAGGCGGAGGCCACACCGCUGAGUCUGCAGAAUUGGGGGCUGAAGUGUGCAAGAUACGCGUUCGCUGUCAAAAGAGCUUGGCUAGAAGUAAUCAGCCCUACUGCGAGUAG